GCCACUUCCUCUUGGUCUUCUCUGUGGUUUAAUCUGCUUUUAUAGCCAGCCUUGUACUUCGGACACCACAAAGAGCACUGUAGAGGGUCUUGUCCUAAACUCACGCUGAUAGUAUCAUCAUCAUCAUCAUCAUCAUCAUCAUCAUCAUCAUCAUCAUCAUCAUCAUCAUCAGAACAGGAUGCUGUAUUUAGCAGUCAUCGGGUUUCUCUUUUUUUAUGCAGAUUAUAUCAACUCUUAUGAGACAUAUUUUCCACAGCAGAUGAACAGAACUGCUGUUAGGGGGGAGACUGUUGUUUUUCACUGUAAUGGAACUAUGAUUACUGAGCAUAUAGACACUGGAUGGCGUAAAGAUGGGGAUAUUAUUUUUAUCUACAGCCCAAUUGUAAGCCGACUUGUGAUCAACUACACAUCAAGCAGGAUGCAGGUUGACAGUCAAAAUUCAAAAAUACUACGAAUAUCUAAUGUACAGCUUUCAGAUGCAGGAUUAUACUCAUGUUUUCCAUUAAAGCUGCAAUGGAAAUUGACCAUAGAAGAAAAUCUCAAAGAAAUGCUUUUCUUCAAAGUUUUCCCAGUAACACUAGUGUGUGUUGCAGUAGGCCUCUUUAUUUUCUGCAUGGUGUUUUCUCACAGGAACUGGAAAAUGAAUGGAGGAUCCAAUCCAACAGAAACUAGAUAUGAACUUACAAACGCAUAUCAGGAUUUUGUCCAUAACAGUGAGACAAUGACUACCUGUGUCUACACCAUGACCAGCCCAAAUAACUUUGCUGUUGGCCACAACUUUGAAUCCUGAGCUACAUUUCUGCGGUUUCUGCUUUACAAAUUUGUCAUCUCAAGUCAAGUCAAGAAGUCAAGAAGCUUUUAUUGUCAUUUCAACCAUAUAUAGUUGAUGCAGUCCACAG